AAACCACCUCUUUCCUGGGGGUCCCCUCUCCCCUGGACUGUCUUGACUCUACUGCCCCCCAGCUAAUAGCUGGGGCCUGGAUUUGUUGGUACUGCCCUCCCAUAAGGCCCUUUCAAACCAAGGUGACUCUCUAUUCUUACUGCCCGAGAUCAGUACCCUACCACCCCUGCCACUGUAAACCUCAGCUUCUCUUGCCUAGCUGCAGCUUCCUGUAGCACCCCACUUCCUAUGCCACCUGUGGGUCCAUCCUCAGGGUAAUGGGAGCUAGUCAAAGGCCCAGAGAGCACUCCUUUCACUCCCCCACCCCACAAGGCCAAGGCUGUUUUCAUGCUUAACAGUCCCAAGUCCCACCUUUUGGGGCCACUUCUGGUCUUAGGAGCCCAGUUCCUCUCUGCACCUGCUCCCAUCCCCCAGUGGAUUGUCUUCAACCCUGGGGUGGCCUAACCUGUGAACCUAGGUCUCGGAGGGAGUUUUAGUCUGCAUUCUCAGGCAAGAGGUAGGUGGAGUUGCUCAGAACAGAAAUGUGAGUUAAAUGUGUAGCAGAGAUGUGGCUUUUAGUCUCCUGUAUCUAAAUCAGCUAUGACUUUUAUGUUCUGGGUGCAUCCAAGCUCCAUUCAUCCCCUUGGCUGUUAUCACCAUCUCUUUCCUCCUGACUACAGAUAUCUGGAACAGACAUGGCUCUUGUCCACACUUGAUAAUGCAUAGAAUAGAAUCCACAGAACUCAUUCUGCCUCCGGAGUUUCUAUCAUGACACUCAAUGUGGCUACAUUGAUUUGUCUGACCCUAGUUUUGCUCCUGCCGUAGACCAACCCCUGAGCUGUUGGAGCCAGUGCUGGGAAAGUGCCUUCCUGGCCAUUCAGGGUCAGCACUCCUCAGUCCCAGCUGGUAGAGUUCUACAGGCCAAGCAGAAGUGGCUCUGUUUCCUGUGGUGAGGUAUUUGGGGCCACACUGAGCCUUGGAGCUCCUAGAAAGCCUUUCAGGACUUGAGAACCAGGUAGGGUGAUCUAGACUUAACUAGUGAACCUGCACUGGUUAGGCCGCCCCAGAGUUCAGCCGAUUGAGUGUGGAAGGUAUACCUGUGGCUGAAGGGACUGGGAUGAGAGACACAAGGGGGUCUGUGGGUGUGGCAGUGUUGAAUGAUACAGCUAGCUGGGGGAAGUGGGGAGCCUGAGAAAGGCUGGGAUUUCGAUGAACCAGUGUGGCACUGAGGUCAUAGUGAUUCAAUUUGGGGAACCUGGUACCUAGGUAUAUUGUCCCCUUGAAUACUGAAGUGACUGGAGGAAGCAAAGGCUUCUAUGGACUCAAAGCUGCCUGUGAAGAACCGAAGGGACAACAGUUUUGACCCUUAGCCCAAGUGACCUGUGAGAGCCUAGAUCUAGCUCAUACCUUAGGUGACCCUGGGUGAGCCGGGUGGACAGCCCAUCCCUGUGGGUAUUUGGAGAGCAGGGACUGGGAGUUCUGUCCACAGUGAGCACUGGCUCAAGGGGGCAGAGCUGCCUGAUUGGGGAUUGGGAUUCCUAGUUAGAACAAAAGUGAAAGUGAAAUUGUGAUUGGGAGUUUUCCCAGAAGUUGACUAUUCCUGCCCUUCCCAGAACCAGUUCUGUCAGCAGGGAGAGUGCUGUUUCCCUUUGUGACUCCUAGGUAAGUCCCUGGCCCCUCUGUGCCUUUCUCCCCUAACAGAGCAGGAAUAUUGGAUUGGGGAACUAUUCUGUUAAGUAUGAAGAGCAGGGAUGGAAAAAAAGAAAAGCUGGGAUGAGAGGAAGUGUUUGCAUAAUGGCACAGCAGCGCCCACUGACAGCACAGCUUGUGCUGGAAGCUUCCGGACUACCCAGAGCCUCAAAGGAUACAGUGGGAGUCUGUGGAUGUGAAAGGACAGUGUUGAAGAAUACAGCUAGCUGGGGGAAGUAGGGAGCUUGAGAAAGGAUAGGAUGUCGAUGGGCCACCGUGUGGCACUGAGCCUAAAAAGGUUAUGAUUCAGUUUGGGAUACCUAGUAUCUAGGAACACUCUCCCCUUGAACACUAGUUGACUGGAGGAAGCAAAGGCUUGUAACAGUGGCUGACCUUUACUGACCUUCCCCCAGAGGAAGUUACAGAUAAAUAGAGCCAGACUUGCCAGCUCCUGACACAUGCAUCAUGACCAUGAGACACAACUGGACACCAGACCCCAGUUCUUGGUGGGUCCUGCUUCUGUGUGUCCAUGUCGUCACUCUCUUGGCCAGAGCCACAUCUGCACCUCAGACUAUCACAGCUGCCACGGACUUAAUUGGGAUCUCAAAGGACCCAUGUACCUCCUGGCCCCCAGCGCUCCCACCAGCUAAGCGGUGCCCAGCAUUGGAAGUGACCUGGCCAGAGGAGGAAGUGCCACUGAAUGGAACGCUGACCUUGUCCUGUACUGCCUGCAGCCACUUCCCCCACUUCAGCAUCCUCUACUGGCUGGGUAAUGGUUCUUUCAUUGAGCACCUCCCAGGCCAGCUGAGGGAGGGUCGUAUCAGCCGAGAGCACGGGCGCACAAGCACCUGGCUGCAGAGGGCCUUGGUACUGGAGGAACUGAGCCCCACUCUACGAAGCACCAACUUCUCCUGUGUGUUUACGGACCCUGGACAGGUGGCCCAGCAUCACAUCGUGCUGGCCCAGCUCUGGAUGAAGAACCAGAAGGAUGGGCUGAGGACAAUCCUGUCUGCCUCUCAAGAAACCUUCCCCUCCAGCCACAGCUCGGGACCGACAUCAGCAGGGCCAGGAGUUGGCACAAAGCCAACAAUCGAAUAGCCUUGACCAGAGCUCAGCUCCUAUCUGUGUGGAGGGUGAUGUACAUGGAGGGUGAAGUUUCUGCCGUAGGCUCUGCAGGGGAAUGGCUGAUUCUUGCAGCCACCUGUCUACCCACCUCCUCAAGCUCAAGCUUCUUUCUUGUCCACCCAGAACGUCUCAGUAACUAAGCCCUUAGAAUUCCUCCUGCCUGUCCUGUCUUACUCCCCAUAAACUUUUCUGAUGUCCUAUUCAUCCCACUGCUAUUCUGCUCAGGAACCUGAGAACUGGCAGCAUCUUAGCCAAGCCACCGCCCUGCCCACACUCUCAACAUGACUUUCUAGAGGCCUGUCAGGCUUCUGCUCACUUGGGUCACCAUUCUUACCAAGCCAGCAGGUGAACCCUGAAGCCUGGCUGAAAUGUCACCUCACCAGUGACCUCUACACUGAGCUCUGUCCAUGUUCAGCAUUGACUUCAUAUUGCAUGUAACUAAUUUUUGUUUUCUCUGCUCACUGCAAACAGCAGUGUCCUGUCUCAAGGAACGGAUCGGGCAGUGCUGCUUCAGAUCAUAUCUUUUUGUCACUCUGGGCAGGACCCAAAAGUUGUCAUAAAGGAUUGUUCAA